CUCAGCUUGAGACUAAUAAUACCGAUUCUAUUACCUCGAACUUUCGUUGGUGCCUGAUACCAUACGACGUUAUAUAUUUUUGGUUGCCUGGUUCGACUGUACAAUUUCCAAUAUCAGCCAUAGAGCCGCUUGGUAUCAGAUGAUAUAUGAACCCAACGUCAUUUUAGAGCACUCUCAUCUCAGUGCUUCACUAUCCAGAUUACGGGGUUAUACGGCUACCGAAGUAUUUACCGAUUUGAAGUCUAUACAAGGUGCUUGCAAUGGCUGUAUCAUGGCGCCCGUUCAUGAUAUCAGCGAUAGACUCCCGCAUGCCCCCUCUAUUAAUUUCAACUACCUUCACCACGGAUUCAUAUAAGAUAUACCUUACAGAUCUUGCCCAUCUUUGGUGCGAAGAUCUCGACCGGCGCGCUAUUCUGCGCCGAAGCCUCGCCGAGGACACUAGCAUCGAUCCGAGCGAGGAUGCUGGUCAACUUAAGCUCUUCCUCGAGAAAAUCUCGCUGGGUCUUGAGGGAGGGAAGGAUGUUGACCUCCUCCUCGGCCUUGACACUCAUGCGGGCAAGGAAAGUUCAACGGGGGCGAGAAAUCUGGAAAUAAAUAUGAGCAUUGCUCUGCCCAAGCCGCUGCAGCCUUUGAACUGGACAAUAAGGCUUUCUUCCUGCCCGCAAAGUGACUUUGCUAUGCAUUUCACCAUACCCCUUCUGUGUGCUCAGAAUGCCAGGCUCAAAGAGCUUGAUAGCCUGGUUGGCUUGCUGCGCGAUAAAGAUAACGUCAUCCAGAAGUUGGUGGACAAAUUGGAGGCUACGGGGGCAGAGCUGGGGCAUCUUUUCCCUGCGGUUGCGGGUAAAGGCGGCAGGAAAACCCCGCGAAGGGUGGUUGAGGAGAAAGUGAAGGGGUUGGAAGUAUUUGCACAAGAGCAGUGGCGCACUGCCAUGCGGAAGGCCGAGGCUGAAGACGAACAUGAUGGUGUGAAAACUAUCAUCCAAGGUGCUUUCACUAAGAAUUCUCCUGUUGGGUCACAUGCCCAUGGUGCAGAACUCUUAGGCAGAUUUGAGAAAUGGUGGGAUCAGUUGAAAGAUGGGGCGAUACCUUUGUCGACGCCAAAAGAUGGAGGGAAUGUCGAUGAUGCUGCUGCGGAGGAUGUGAAGGCUGAACCGGCAGACGCGGAUAUGGAUACAACUGAGGAUGAAGGAACAGAUGGGCACGCGGACGGUUUUCAAGUUGCGGCAACGCCACCUCGCCAACAAAUACUAUCGUCAAGAGCCAAACCUUCAUCAUCACGGAAACCGACCCGGAAGCAAGAAUUGUCAGAUGACGGUACAGACGAUUCAGAUGACCUCGGUGCAUCUCAGUCGCAGCAUGUCACUAUCCGCGACAGCUUUCCCGCACCAAAAGAGGCAGUGCGCCCAGAAACAAAGAAGAUCGGGGCGAUCGGGGGGGGGGGAAAGGCCGCAAAAACAGCCACCAAGAUGAAGCCGGAAGCAGAGCCAGAGCCAGAUCCAGAGCCCGAACCUGUCGCAAGAGCCACAAGGAGCCACAAACAGGAUGGUGCCGAUGACGAUGAAACUGAAACAGAGGAUGAGGGUCCGAAAGCUCCAUCCAAGCCCACUACGCCUCAAAAGAAAUCACCUCCAAAACCGGCCGCCAAAGCCGCGAAGAAAGGAGGUCUUGGGAAGAUCGGAGGGAAGAAGUCUGAUCCCCCGCCAGUUCCUGCGUCUCCACCAAAGGAGGAUGCACCAGACGCUCAAAAAUCAGAAGCCCCACCAAAAGCCACGAAGUCCAGACUUGGCCGGAUAGGACACAAACCUCCCAAAGAAGAACCUGGCGCUGAUGAGGAGUCAAGAGGACGGACGGAGGUGAAGGAGGAAGAGAAGCCACGAGAAACGUCGGAAGAGAGAGCACAGCGAAAACGAGAAGAGUUGAAGCGACAGUUGGAGGAGAAAGCCAAAGCGCCUGCGAAAAAGAAGAGGAAGUUCUAAUGCUGCCUACUCGUGUCGCUCAAAGUCCGAUGGAUUGCAUAUAACAGGGUUAAUGUCAGCAGUUUAAUCUCCUGGAACUUAUCUCUUCACUUCCAUUUAUCAGUGGCUUGCUUACUGGUUGCCGCUCUAAGUGAUUACACGCCAUGUUAUAGUUGCUGUGAUUUCUGUCAUUAUGUACAGCCCCAUUUCAUACAUUUGGUCUUGCUGUCAUAAAGUUACUCUCUUACAGCCUUCCCCUCAAUCAUUUGUGCACCUUUUCUUCAAAAUACUUAUCCCACUGCUCCACCGUCCACGAGCUACUAAUGCUAUUGUCCACAAGACCAUCCCACAGCACAGUAGGGGAAACAUGGAUCCCUGUCUGUCGUCCCAGCUUGAUGAGCAACUUCAGAUCAUCUGUGACCUUAUUCCCAAUAUUCAACGCCCCUCCCUCGCCAGCCUUCUCUCCCACAACCAACAACUCAUAGAGCUUAUCCUCGUCAGCUUGGUGGGUCCCGGGGCCAGAAGCCCCCAAGGCACCGUAGAGUUUGGCAAGGCGUCUGUAUGUCUGGUUGCGCGUUUCGUUUACGACGUUGACAUCGAAGAACUCGGUCUGAUGCUUGAACAACACCGCUGAGUAGGCCCAGAAUGUCUUGGGGUCCAGGCGCAGUGCUGCAACGCCUGCUUCAUGGACCAGGGUUGAGGAGGGAUGCCAUGGCUGGACUUGCUGGCGGAAGACAACGUUGAUCCUACCUG